AUGGAUUUCCAAAAGAUACAGCUGGUGAAACGGAUCAAGUUUUUUUGUUUUGGGGAACCAACGGCUCAUUCUACGCCACCAUUACCUGUUGCCUGUGCAAGCACAAGGGACACUACCAGCCAGAGCCAUUGUCCCGCAGCCAAGGAUGGGACAGGAGUAAAAUUGGAAGCUACUGUCAGUGAGCGAGUCCACCGAUCAUAUUUUCAGUAA